AUGUUUCGAUCUAUUACUCAACGCUUACGUCAAAGAGACGAUGAAUUUGAUGUUUUUGGAAAAAACGUUGCUGAUAAACUGAGAUCAAUGACUACGCAACAGAAAAUGUUGGCUGAGAAACUGAUCAACGAUGUAGUAUUUAAUGGACAAAUGGAACAACUUUCCCUAGAUUCAAAGUUAACAGUGAGACCUGAGAAAGAAAACACGAACAAUAAUACGGAAAGAUUUAAUAAUAAUAAUAUGGCCAUCAAUGGUCCUCAAUAUCAAUACCAAGUUCCUGUAGCCACACAUUGUCAACAACUCUAUUUAUCUGCUCCAGAAUGUACCGAAUCAUCUAUUCUUACAUCCACAGCUCUGACAAACCCACAGUUUUCAGGGACCGCAAAUUUACAACAAUUCGUUCCAGAUACAUCAAAUACAUUACAGUAUGUUACCCCUGAAUAA